AUGACCUCCAUGUAUCCACUACGUACUGCUGCUGCCCUGACGGCCUUUUUCACCUUGCAAGGCGUUUAUGCCGCGCUUGAUGUGUCAAGCUCCUCUAAUAUCGCUAUUUAUUGGGGUCAGAACUCUUACGGAGACUCAUCUGGAAGUCUGGCGCAGCAAAAUCUCGCAUAUUAUUGUAAAAAUUCGGGCAUUGACGUAAUUCAACUCGCAUUUUUGGAUGUUGUAAAUGGAGAAGGCGGUGCCCCCGAGAUUAACUUUGCCAAUUCGGGGGAUUCCUGCACUGCUUUUGCGGGAACUGCUCUUCUAGAGUGCCCCACGAUCGGCGAGGAUAUUGUGACCUGUCAGUCCCUUGGGAAGACCAUCCUACUUUCGAUCGGCGGUGCGACCUACAGCGAGGGGGGGUUCACAAGCGAAGAUGCCGCGGUCGCGGGCGCCAAAAUGAUCUGGAAAACCUUCGGACCUGUGAGCACCGAUACGUCGAUCCACCGCCCCUUUGGAAGAGCCGUGGUUGACGGGUUUGACUUUGACUUUGAGUCGACCGUGACGCACAUGCCAUCUUUUGGCAACGAGCUGCGUCGCUUGUUUACCCAAGACACUUCCAAAACCUACUACCUUACCGCCGCACCACAAUGCGUUUAUCCCGAUGCUGCCGACAGCCCGAUGCUAGACGGCGCCGUUUACUUUGAUGCCAUCUGGGUUCAAUUCUACAACAAUGACUGCGGCAUCAAUCAUUUCAUGACUAACUCUACGAAACAAACACUUUUCAACUUUGCCAGCUGGAACACUUGGGCGACUACUAUUUCUCAAAACAAAGAUGUAAAAGUCUUGCUUGGGAUACCCGGUGGCAGUACCGCGGCUGGCACGGGAUUCGAAUCGGCUUCCACUGUCGCUUUGAUUGUCGAUUAUAUUGUCAGCAAGGGAUACAAAAGCUUUGGUGGCGUUAUGUUCUGGGAUGCCAGCGAAGUUUACGCAAAUUGUGGAAUCUUGACCAGCAUUGCAUCUUAUUUACCAUCUCCCUCUACCUCCAUUCAGCUGAGCACUAUCGAAGAGCACGGGUACUUCCAGCCCGGCGAGGAAGGCCUCCAGAUCGACAUCGACAAGCCUGAGUUCUACCACGCUGAUCAGUGUAAUGGGAGCAGCUUUGGCAUCUGCGCCAACGGAGUAUGGAUCAUCGAGACAUGCGAAUCGGGUCUGAUCUGCGUGCAGGAUGGGCCUUCUGUAUACUGUGAUUAUAAGAACGAUCAUCCCGACACCACGUGCACGUAA